AUGGCCCCUUUCAAGGAGGGGAUCUAUUCAGUUGAGUUCAAUGCAUCACUUUCAACUCUACAAGCAUUCUCUCUUUGUAUAGCAGUUCUAGAUGGUAAAAAACUAUGCGAGAUGUCAGAAUCUAGCAACUUGUCUGAAGAAAAAACUUCUCUGGAAACAAUACUGUCACAAAAUGAUGGAAUAAGGGCUCCAAAUGGAAUUGUCGAGGAGGUCCCUGCAAGAUAUGUCUCAUAUCCACCCCUCUCUCCUGUAGGAAGGUAUAUACAUGGAUUAGCUGCUCAUGGAAUUCAUUACUUACAUAGGCCUGGACCAACACUUCAGGAUGCUGGCUUUUUUCUUCUUCCUGAACUUGGUCAGGACAAAGCUUAUGGCUCAAAACUUGCCAGGCUGCCCCAUCCAGAGAGUGCAAUUGAAUUGCUUGUGAUCAACUUUUCCAGAGGGGUUAACUAUGGCUGUGGUGAUUUAAUUUUUUCAUCACACAUGAUAUUUACCAUCGUCUUUGUGCGUGCAUACCACAAAUAUGGCACGAAGAGGUGCAUCAAGCAGUUUGCUUGGUUACUUGCUGUGGUUCAGAGCCUUCUUAUUGUAGCAUCUCACAAACAUUACACGGUUGACGUUGUUGUUGCAUGGUAUACUGUACAUUUGGUAACGUUCUUUAUUGACAAGAAGCUGCCAGAUUUAGCCGAGCGGCCUAAUGGAUUAACAUCUCUGCCACUGCUACCUCAGAUUAGAGAAAAGGAUAGUAAAAACAAAGAAGAGCACCACAUAGUACUAACUGGGGUAUCCGUUGAGACUGAGGGUUGA